GCAGGAAGUAGAAUUGUCACAGCGCCACCUAUGGUGUUACUUGUAUUUUCACGAUGUGUCGUCAAUACAAGCGUUUGAUGCGUUUAGAUGCAAGGAUGAAACUGCAGGUGCUCAUCGUUAUCGCCGCAGCCUGGACCACUACUACAGGUGCCACUGUGACAUGUGCUGAUCUACCCAGCUGUGUGGAGCGACUGAAUGAGACCGAAACGGAAUGCAGAAUUGACAAGGACAUUGCAGAUUGUCUUAAGAUAUCAGUCGGUGAUUGCCGCAGAAAAAACACUCCGUCUGAACCGAAAGAGGCCCUGCUUACCUCCUUCCUCAAAGCUUAUUACAACAAGUGUCCCGGGGUCACCCGUUCACACGCCCGGACGUGCGCUGACCUGCGAGGCUGUGUUUCUGAAAUUAGUAAACUCUCCGAGGACAAUCACAAGGAAUCGUGCAGAAUUCUCGCAAACAUUAGAGACUGUGCUCACGAAGCUUUUGCUGACUGCCGCAGAAACUCCUCUCUGCCUCAAGCGGUAGAAGAUCAGAUUAAUUUGUUCCUUAAAGAGGCUGAGAACAAGUGUGGACCAGAUGCUGUCCCGUGUCCGGAGGCAGACACCUGUCUUUCCAAGAGGGAUUCUCUCACUAAGGAAAUGCAUAAAGAAUUGUGCAGAAAUUUCGAGAACACUACAGAGUGUCUUCAAGAAGCUCUCGAUGACUGCCGUAGAAACUCCACUCUCUCUGUAGAGGAAGAGGCUUAAGUCAUUAAAUUGCGAGAAAAAUAUCACAAAAAAUGUGGUAAGUCCGCAGACAUCUAUAGUCUGGUCUGUCAGUAAGUUCACUUCAUGGUUACUCUCCCAUUUCAAUGUGGCGCCAUUUUGUUCGAAGAUAUUUUGUGGCGAAACAUUGCAAACGUAGACACCCACAUAUCUCCUGUUGCCUGGGCUACCCAGCCUGCAAGAGUCAGGGGCAGGUGAGGGGUCCAGUCUGGUGGAGGGUGGAGAACGCGGUGUAGAUCGAAGCUGCACUACCCCUAGAGUAACGGUGGGCACCUCGGACGUAAGCGUCACGUGCACACAAUGUAACGGUCAUAACGGUCUCCGUUUCGCCGGCAAAUUGUCGAAUUCCAGACCCACUGUCCGCUGGGUGCCUGGAGCAAGUUUUUCCGCUGUCACCAUCGCAAGACAUCUACACCUGACUUCACACCGUCGAUCUUGAAGAUGAAGUGAGUCUAAGAGUUAAGUGAAAGAGUGCCUCAGAAUUCUCCUAAAUUUAUAAAAAUUGAGUAUUUAUAAAAGUUUAACUAUGGAAUGUUAUUUUUCAUAUUUGUUCAACUUCAUUGAUAUAACCAGCCCCGAGAUGUCCUUUUAGUGCAAGGUACCUCCGCGUGCAGCAUGCGUUAGCUUUUGCAAGAUACUGUCUCAUAAAUGUGCUCCAGUCACUUCCUACACAAAAUUUUUCUGAUCGAUUUGUCUUUUGAUUAAAAAUUUUUGUCAUGUAUCCAGGUAGUAUAUUUACGAUAUUUUAACUAAUUAAUCCUCGAGAAGAAAUUUUAGAUACUUUUUUUUUAUUUCAUGUACAUGUUAUCCUUAUAAUCAGUUAAUUCGAUAUUAAUCCAAAGCAAUUUACAUUUUAUCGACAUUUAAACGCUUAUAUACAAACAUGUAAUCAUACAUUUUAUCAUUUUUGUUCAUUAGUUUUAACAAAAUGGCACACUGCUUAUUGUGUGCAUAAUUCUUCUCUUGUGUACAUUUAUAUUUAGAAUACAUUAAAUUGCAUGGCAUUAUACCCGUACUCAACAAACAGAAGACUAAAAAUUUGUAUACAAUUUGUCUUUGGGCAACUUUGCUGAUGCUCCAUGUGAACUGGUUUUACUGGUCUGAACACAACAGGUCGAAAUCAACUGGAAUGAACAGCAGUCACUACCGGCACCUGACGAUGCUAACCAAUCACUUUGGAAACAAUUACUAAGGGGUUAAUAACAAUCAUUUCUUGCAAACCUUUCAUUUGAAUUGUUCAUGUUUAUGUACAUUUUCAUAUGCGUAGCAAAGAGUCUUAAUGAAGCUAAUUAUAUUCAUUUCUUUUAAAAAUGUGUGGCGAGAGGUAGAGGUAUGGGGGAGGGAAGUCUGCGAGUGCGCGCGCAUGAUGAUGUGUAGAAAACAUUAUGCUUAGGACAUAGUAAACAUUGUACUCAUGUAAUAAACAUUAUGCUCAGGACGUAAUAAACAUUAUACUCAUGUCAUAAACAUUAUGCUCAGGACGUAGUAAACGUUAUACUCAUGUCAUAAACAUUAUGCUCAGGACCUAAAAAAAGCUCAUGAUGUAGUAAAAGAAGCUUCCUUUAAUCUAACACAUCGCUAAGUUUUUGUUUUAAAUAUCCUCCCGAUGUCUGAGUGCCUAUUACUAAUCCAUGUCAAGUAUGUAGAACAUCAUAUUGCAAUACAUCAUUAUUUAGAAUGGUGAAAUUAUUCUUGCUUUCCUUUUACUCGUGGCUGUAUUAUAGUUUAAAAUAUAAUCAGAUGAAAACCCUAACUGGCGUAUGUCUUUCAUUUUUCGAAAUCUUUUAAAAGUCUCAAAAAGAAAGGAAAGAGCUGUUUGUCGAGAGAAAAACUCUCGAGUAUGUUUUUUUUUAUAGUUCUUUAAAUUUGUGCAGUGACAAAGGUGGUGCAUGUCAAACAUAAAGAGGUAGGCAUGCAGACAGGUAGACAUUACCUGCAGGAUUCUUGUGGGUCGUCUUCAGAGAGCUGACUGACAUUGUGUUGCUGAUGACACUCGACGAUCUGAGAGCAGCUGACAGCGCGUGUCGGGAUGCUCAGCCCUGUGCACAGCCAGCAGUU